AUGGCCAUGGAUUGCAGGCCAUUGGCUGUUGAAAACCUUGAAGCAUGUUUCCUCCUCUUCUCCCAUCUGCCGGCCGAAUUGCGUUUCAAGAUAUGGGCCUUGAACCUCCCAGAUUCCCGCAUCGUCGCCCUACGAUGCGAUGCCACAUCAGACCAGGGCUCCUCAGAGCAAUGCCGUGACAGUGAAAGCUUUCAAUGUACCUCCUCGUCACUGGUUCCCGUCAACCUCCAUGUGUGUAAAGAGUCUCGAUCCGAGGCAAUGAGGCGGUACAGACUCCUAUUCAGCACCGCCCAAGAGCCCGCAAAGGUCUUCUUCGACCCCUCCAGAGACACGCUCUACUUCGGCGCCAGAGACGGCCACGCAGCCUCGGAAGCCCAGUUCAACACGUUCAUGGCCAAGAUCUCGCCCCAAGACAGGGCUCUCAUCCGCCACGUCGCCAUCAACGAGACUCUCACCAGGGGCGACAACCUGCGAAGCGACACAGCUAUCGAAGCCUCCCGAGAGGCCACGGAGCACAUAUUCCGUGAAACGCCGAUGCGUUUUCCCAAGUUGCAGCAACUCACGUUUGUGUGUAACGAUAGAAACCCCCUGUAUAGCUCGGACUCAAUAUUCGUCGAGCCGAGCCCCGAGAACCGCAUCAUCGAGCGACGGAUUAAGGAAUCGAUACAGGCCCUCGCGGACCUACACCCCGAGUUCUCUCCGCCGGCUUGGAAUGUACGUGGCAUAUCCGCAGACCCGAACCCUCCUGUGUAUGACCAGCGCGUAUUGGGCUAUACGGGAAGCCGCUCCUCGUUCCUCAGGUCCGAGCCGAGAUUCGCAUCUGACUACCUCUUCUUCACGACGGUAUCGAUGUUGACAUUCGUGGCUGGCGAACUCUCAUACAACCACGAUGAAGUGAGGCCAUCACCUGUCCUGGGUUAUAUACGACUACCUUCCCAAGAUUAG